AUACGAAUACCUAAAGAUUACAGUUAUUGCUCUCUACAAGCAGUUGCCCAGACACUCGUGUGUACAAGGAAAGAAUGCAGAGGAUGUGGGCGGUUCCUCACGUGCUAAACAUUUGGCCAAUGACGUUCACAGAGUGACGUCGUCUCGUUGACCAAUCCGCUUAUUCGUUUAUCCAGUAUAACAAACCCAGCUCGGUUGCUAUAUAAACGCAUUGACAACAAGACUCAGUACAGAGCUGUGAGGAAAUUGCAUACAGUAAAUUUAGCAUAAGUAUCCACUAUGAAGGCAGUCAGUCCGGUGCGGUCCAUAAGGAAACCCGCUUUUCAUUUGUCGGAACAUACUGGCAUCUCACGGAGCAAGAGCUCACUGGACGAUCCGCUCAGUCUACUGUACAACAUGAAUGACUGCUACAGCAGGUUGACGGAGCUCGUGCCGAGUUUACCGCAGAACAGGAGCGUGAGUAAGAUGGAGAUCCUGCAGCAUGUGAUAGAUUAUAUACUGGACCUUCAGAUCACACUGGACCAGAACCCUCCAAAAAAGACUGUCAAGUCUCUAGGCGCUGAUAUAAGCAUCAUCUCUUUACAGCCCAAUAACCCCCAAAGAGAGAUCAACCUAGAUGACCUCAUAGCCCUGUCUCGUUGAGGUGUUUCGGUCAUGGAGUAAAAACAGGACCUUUUUGUGUGUGUGUCCCGUGUCAUUCGCCUGGACUUCGUCUUGAAUGACAAGGACCUCCCUCAAGCGGACAUAAAAAGAUUUAGUUAACUAUGGACGUUCCUACAUUUUCUUCCAAAGGAAGACUAAAAAGAAAUGUUUUAAAAAGCAACGGAGCAAGAAAUCUCAAAAUUCGGGAUUUUUUUGCCUCAAUGUUGUCAAAAUGUUGCGCGUAACGAGCGCAGGUUGAUUUUAACAGCACUAUUACAGUUCGUCAAAGACUGUGGACUUUGUAAAAAUGUAAUAUUAUCUUUCUGUUGGAAGUGCGAUGUUUAUAAUGUUACAGAAAUUUUAUAAGUAUAACGUAAAUGGCACUUUUGUAUUUAAACUCAAUGUAUGUCUAUAGUUAAAAUGCAUUUUUUUCUGCAAAUACAUAAAGGCUGUGCAGCUA